AAACAGAAAAUAUGAACCGCGCCCGCAGCGCCUGCUCGAUCGUGGCGACGACCGCGGUCGUCGUGACCCUGAUCACGUGCGUGGCCAUUGCCAAGUCCCAAGACAUCUACGUCGGCGGCCUCGCGUGGCCGUUCCUCUCCGACAUGGGCCGCGAUCCGCCCGCAUACUACGUCUUUGUCGUCGGUCUCUGCAUCACGGCCGCAAGUCUCCUCUUCGUGUGGUUCUUCAACUACUGCUACCAGACGUCUGUGAUGGCGGCGUCGUCCUCGGGCUGCCACAAGUGCCUCCGCACCUUUGUCGCCGUCUGUGGCAUGGUCUCGGCCUUUGCACUCCCGAUUCUGAGCAUUUGCGAUACCGCGCGGUUUCCCAGCGUGCACAAUGCGUCGGCGUAUGCGUUCUUCUGCCUCGAGGCCCUCGCCGUGCUCUGCAACACGGUGCUCACGUACCGCAUCUACAAGCAGCGCGGCGACGACGAGCGCUAUACCAUGGACGGCCUUGACCGCCACGCUGUCGCCCGCGUCCGGCGCCAAGCCUGGGUCGCCCAGCUCACGGUUGCCAUGCUCUUCUUGGCGGCCUUUAUCUUGUACCUUCCCGUGGGUCUUGCGCUCUCGUGCGAGUUUGAGCACUUGACGAUUGCCAAGUGCUUGGAUCUCAAGCUUGGGGACACCUAUUGCACGUCGACAAUGAUGCUCAACACGACGUCGACAAAGCUAUGGGACUACAGCGCGCCCGACUGCACGUCGGUACAUCAAAUGCGCGCCGGCGCCCAGCUCGCCUGCAUCCUCACGCUCGUCGGCUACUCGCUCACGUUCAUCUUCAACUACCAAGAUACGAAAAAGUAUAUCGAGGACGACCGGUCGGCGUAUGCGGUUGCGGGGCCGUAGCCGACCCUGUUGACUCCUAGUACACUAGUUUGAACAGUGUCUUCCA